AUGGACGCGCACAGGGAGGUGGCACUGUCUGGCAUCGUGGUCGACGGCAGGAGCAACGAAGUUAUGCAGAUAUUUACCAUGAAGAAUAUUCAGCGGUUUGAUGGAGGUGACGGCUUCUGUAGUGUGCGCAUGAGGUACUCGCUAAGAAUUGAGAUGGAGGCAAAGGCGCAAGGUGGGAAGAGAAGCAGGACGAAUGGUGGCAGCGGCACGAUGACGGUGGAAAGGAAGGAAGUGGAGAGGGAGAGAAGGCAACACAUGAAAGAGCUGUGUGCACAGCUCGUCUCCUUAAUCCCAAAAGAACACUGCCCCUCAACUGAUACAUUGUCCCUGCUGGGCAGCCUGGACGAAGCAACAACGUACAUCAACAAGCUUAAGGAGAGGGUGGACGAGCUACACCAAAGGAGAAGCUUUGCACAGGCCGAGGCUAGGCUAAGAGGAGGAGCUUGCAGUUGCGUCUCGACGCUCAUGAAUUGUGGCACAGGAUCUAAGUUAGAAAGUGUGAAAGCCGAGAAAGCAUCCGUGGCGCCAGUAGUGGAGGUGCGAUACCACGUCGAUUCAAGCAUGGAGGUGUUUCUCAUAUGUAGCACUGAGAGGUCGAUCAAGCUCCACGAGGUCAUCACCAUCCUCGAGGAAGAAGGGGCGGAAGUUGUCAACGCCAACCAUUCCGUGGCAGGACAUAAAAUCUUCUACACCAUACACUCUCGGGCCUUCAGCUCAAGAAUUGGCAUAGAUGAUUCAAGGGUCGCUGAAAGACUGAGAGCAUUGGUAUGAUAUGAAAUCAAUUUAUAUGCAUUAUUAUACAUUACAAAAAGCAAUAUAUGAAACAUUUCACGGGCAUAGACGAUGUUUA